UGUACCAUGUUCAAGUUUUAUAGGGCUAAGUGUACUCACUUGAAUGCUCUGUUGGAACGCGCUCGUCAAGAAUAUGACAUUGUUAGCACACAACAACCUUCGUAUGGUGAUGCUGCUUCCGCUGCUAAGGUAUUUUCGUUGGAGGACGAUGUGAGAAAGACUCAGAGAUCCUUGGAGGCUUGUUUGCUGGCCCUCAAGAGAGCUAACAAUGCUGCUAAAGUUGCUGAGGAUGGGCGCAAAGCUGCUGAUUCUACUUUGGCUGCUGAGUCCUCCAGAGUCAUAGCUGGUAGCCCUAGUGAGCUUAGACAUCUCCGGGAACAGGUAUCCAAGUUGACCUCUGAUGUUUGGUACUCUCAGAAGAAGUCUGAUAGGUUAAUGAACGUGAUUGUUCAUAAUAAGGCCCAACUUUCUCUUGAGUCUGCUCACAACGCGGAUCUCAAUACACUUGUCGAGGUUGGCUCCACUCCAUCUUCCAUGUCUCAUGUAUCCUUGGUUAAGAGGUUGGAAAAGUUAGAGAAUAUUUACCAAGUUUUAUCAUAUGAGAAUGCUUCGCUCCGGAUUGGUGUUGAUGACCUCCGGACUGAACGUGAUACUCUUAUGGAGGAUCUUGAUGCUACUGAGGUGGAUCUUGCUGAAACUUAA